AUGUCGAAGGCUGAGGUGCUGAGAGCGCUGGACAAUGGAGGAGUACGAGCAGGAGAUCCGCCUGCACAGGAGCAGGCAGCCGGACGGACACCCUGCCGAGAGCCGGGGGGGCCCGCACGGGUCUCCCUGAGCCCCACAAAGUUUACGGCGGAUAAAGGAGCAUCACAGGAGCAGAAGAGCCCCGGUCUGCACCGGGAGAGUCCAGAACCGCCACGAGUCAAAGAUGAACAUGAGGGGCUCUGGACCAAUCAGCCGGGAGAGCGGCCCGGAGUGCACGAGGACCUCACCAUCAUUCCCGUCACCGUGAAGAUUGAGGAGGAGGUGGAAGAGAGCACUCAGUCCCCCGACCUCCUUCACACCCGCAGCGAGCUCAGCAGCCGCCAGCUGCAGGCACGAGCUGGUGGAGAGGAUCGAGCAGGACCAGAAGCAGCCAGAAACCUCCACCCGCAGCCUGUCAGGACUUCCUCUGACACCGGGGCCCCAGAGGACGCUCCAGUGCAGAGCGGGAAACCGCCGUCAGAGGACGCUGUGAGAGACGCGGGAAGUAACUUAGCCAAGAAACCUUACAGCUGCUCUGAGUGCGGCAAACGCUUCGGAGGCAAGAACCACCUGCAGAGCCACAUGAAGAGCCACACGGGGGAGAAAACGUGCCCGUUCUGCGGCAAGAAAAUCUCCAAGAGCUCCAACUUCACCACACACCUGCGCGUGCACACCGGGGAGAAGCCCUUCACCUGCUCCGUGUGCAACACGAGCUUCAGCCUGCGCAACACGCUCGUCAACCACAUGAGGGUGCACACGGGCGAGAAGCCGUUCAGCUGCUCCGUCUGCGCCAAGAAGUUCACCAACAAGGCCAACGUCAUCACGCACAUGGCCGUCCACUCGGAGGAGAAGCCCUUUAAGUGCAACGUGUGCGACAAAAGGUUCACGUGGCAUUCGCAGGUCAAAAAGCACAAGUGCGUCGCCGAAAGCAGCAAGACGUGAACGCCGCGAGGAUGACAGCUCGGCGUGGCGUCACAGCUCAGCCAGCCCGUCGCUCACCCUCGCCUGACGGUGGAAUCAAAACUUCAUUCAGACAUCAGCAGAAACCAGCGUGUUCCUGUUUUCACUGCAAGAACGACCUCGUGACGCGGACGCCGUCGGGAAUGCUGUCCGUACACCGGCAGCAGCAGCGUGUCCGCACUCUGUGUGACAUCACACGCGUGGUCACACCUGCUGCAGGUGGGAGGGAGGCAGCUUCGUAACCUCCUGGAUCCGACGUGCAGUCGUGCAUUGCUGAGUAAUUAGAGUCACGUGUUUGUCGUCCACGUCGCACAUCCCCGCUGCUGAUCAGCUGACUGCGGUCAGGUGACAGG